GCUUGGUAGGCGGUCAAAUAUGUAAACAUCCAAUCAUCGAUCAUUUUGGGCGGAAGUGGUUCGCAUGCGCUCCUGGCUGCAAGAAAACCUAUAUUAGCUAGCAGCUUUCUUUUUCUAUCCCCAGGUAAUGUUACCGGGUUAGUCAACAUAUUCUGAUCUGUCUCUGACAGCGCUAUGGCGGGUGAGGACGAGGAGUUGGUCCAGUCGAGGAAAAGUAGAACUCUGAUCAUCCGCCAUCUCCCUGCUGACCUGUCCAGGGAUGAGAAGCAGGAUCUACUCAAGUACUUUGGUGCCGUGGGAGUCAGAGUGUUCUCUGAUAAAGGAGUACUGAGACACACAGCCUUUGCAACAUUUGCGAGUGAAAAGUCUGCAGCAAAGGCUCUGAGCAGGCUUCACCAGCUACAGAUCCUCAACCAUACCCUGGUGGUGGAGUUUGCCAAAGACCAGGAACAUGUGACAGUGCUGAAAGACCCACCUGUGUCAGACAGUGCAACAGAUGGCAAAGAUGUGAAGAAGAAAAAGGAAGUGACACAACCGAGUAUACCACUAAUAGAGACUGGCACUGCACCCAAACUCGGGUUGAAAUUUCAAUCAAAUCCCAGUCUGAAAUAUUUAUAUCCACCUCCUUCGAAUGGGAUUCUGACAAACAUAACACAUGCCCUUCUGAGCGUACCAAACUUUUACGUUCAGGUCCUUCACCUGAUGAACAAGAUGAACCUACCGUCUCCGUUCGGCCCCAUCACAGCAAGACCUCCGAUGUAUGAGAUGCAUCCUGCCCCCCCUCCACCAAUGCCGCCCCCCUAUCCUCCCCACUACCCCCCCUUACCAGCAGAUGAGAUAGACCUCUCCAGCGCGGAGGGGUCUGAGUAUGAGAGUGGAGAUGACGAGGACAAAGAGAGGAUGAUUCGCCUGAUGGGUCUGGUCAACCAAGCAUGCAAGAGACCUCUGAGAACUAAAGUGUCCUCCAAGAGAAAGAAACCCAAGUUCAAGGACCUUCUCUUUGUCCCCAAGCCCGAAUCUCAGAGUGCUCCAGGGCCCAUCUUGCAGCCAUCAGAUGUGUUUGAGCAGCCCCAGCCCUGCGGACAGAAGAAGAUUGAGUUCCACAUUUCAGCAGACGUGUCAGCCAUACUGGAAGGAGGAGGAGGCAACUCCACCCAGCCACAGGAGCCCACUAAGGAGGCUGAAGUAGCAGCUGAGGAGAUGCAGGCCACCACCACUACAGAGGAGGAUCCAGGGGAGGGCUUUGGGAAGAUCUACCCUGCCGCCCAGGCCUCCCAACUGGAGGAGGACAGUGAUGAGGACGAGGAUGUCCCCUCUGAUGUCAUCUCCAGGAAGGAACUGGAUAAGGGACGGCUGUCCAGAGACGAGAUAAAAAGGAUGUCUGUGUAUAAAAAUUAUGAACCUGGAGAGCCGACCAGCAGACUUUACGUGAAGAAUAUAGCCAAGUCAGUAGAAGAGAAAGAUCUGAAAUACAUCUAUGGGCGAUACAUCGACGUUUCAUCUGAGGCAGAGAGAAAUAUGUUUGACAUAGUGCUGAUGAAGGAGGGUCGUAUGAAGGGCCAGGCAUUCGUUGGUCUCCCAAGUGAGAGGAGUGCAGAGAAGGCCCUGAGAGACACCAACGGUUACGUCCUCUAUGACAAGCCCCUCGUCGUCUCGUUUGCCAGGUCUGCCAGACCUAAAGCGGACACCCCGGACCCCAAGAAAGGACCCAAACGAACCCGAUGAACAGAUAUUGAUGUCAAGUUGAAGUUACAUGGUGAUAGUGUGGCCCAGCAGUCAGUACCAUUCGUAUCCUUCUGAUUCUGUCAUAUCCUUUCCAAAGCACAUCAUACCAUCACAAUACCUGUGUUUUCCUCCUCUUUGGUACACAUUAGACCCAUAGACAACCAUGCCGUUUGGAAAUGAUCUUGUAGUUGAAACGCCAAACAUUAAGCAUAGCUCUAAUAUCCAGUGAAAUCAAGUAGUUUUAUAAUGAUAGGUUACAACCUAACUGCCUAACAUACAUUUUUUUUAAAGAAAUCACAGUAUACAGGCUUAUGGGUUUUUCUUUUCUGAUGGGACAUAAUACACACCUGUUUGUAUCCUUCCAACAUGCACACACACUGAUUCUUGCAUAAAUUGUAGCGCCUGGAGUCAGUGUUAUUUAUCUGAAAUGUUCUUCUCCCCUGAUAAUAAAAAAAUAUCUAUGUAUAUAUGUUGCUGUGAGAUGUAGUAUUUUUUAUCUGUGAAAAUCAAUAUUCAAUAUUUGACAUCUCCCCUGUUUGGUUCUGAACUACAGGUGAUGGAAUCCUCUGCCAACUGAAGACAACACGUUAGGAAUAUAAUUUCUUCAGGUUUUAAAAAAAAUAAAAUAUUUUUUAUAUAUGUAUUGUCUGUCUAUAAAUGCCUUCUAGUCCACUGUAA